AUGCAGGCAACAGCAGUUUUAUGCCGUGAGAUAUGCGAUGGUUUUCGGCAUGCCCCCGAGAGGGCUUCCGUGCACAAACAAGCUGCCCACACAUCAGUUGAAUUGCUGUCAAACUUGUCCAAGAACUGUGAAUCUUCGAAAAUGGCCCUAAAGCUUGUCAAACCUCUCGUCGAGCAUCUUCUUUCGAACGACGGAAAAGUCGAGAAUAAGAUGGAGGAAGAUGAAGAGACAGACGGGGACGCAGUCGGAGAGGCAGACGGAGAGGCAGACGGAGGUGUAAAAGGAGUGCCAGGGGUCGAGGAAGUCGGCGAGGAAGUUGACAAUGUCGAGCCCAAUCAUUUCCAAGGAAUCAUGGAGGGAUUGCUCGCCCCGGACUCCUACCCUACGUCUCAUUUCCAGACUGACGUACUACGAAUUAUCCAGUCAAUUCCAGUCGACAUGCCUCCGCAAUUCGUGGAUCCGUCUCAAGUCUCUCUUGGGGGAGGAUUCCUGACUGAAGAGGGAUUCCCAUACCCCUCUUCAUGCACAGACAACCUCUACCAUUUAGUGACGAGGAGCCGAGACCCCGGCCAGUACGGUUCUGGAUACUACUAUCCUAUCUAA